AUUCACUGCGUGGUUCUCUCAUCGUUCGGCAGCAUGAAUCCGAAGAUCGUCUUUGCCUUUGCUUUAUUGGCCAUUGCCCACCAGGCCAAAUCCGCAUGUUUAUGUGGACCUUUCGGUGAAGGCAAAGACCUCUGCUCGACAUCUUCUUCGGGUAAAUGCAGUCCGUUAGUGAUUCGCCCAGCUCAGCUGCCGAAGAUCAAUGUUGAGACCUACUCUAAACCACGUGUAGUGUGCCAAACCAUCGGCGGCGGUGUCUCAAACCCUUUCAAACCUUUGGGUGACCUGUGUUCUUGCAAACAAUCAAUUGUUAUACCUGCCAUCGUACCGCGCCCGGUCUGCGCUUGCUCGUCAUCAUCAAGCUCUUCUUCUUCAAGCUCAUCUUCGAACUCCAACUCGCAAUCAUCUUCUGGUUGUGGUGGGGCUAUCUAUGUAGGAUCUGGCUCAAACUCUGGUUCUUCUGUUGCUGGUGACUACAACACCGCCUACGUCGUUGAGGAAACCGGCCCAACCGCCGCCGCCGUUGACCCUGUUUCCCUUGCUCUUGCCUACAAAGAACAAAACCGCGCUUGUGGUGUAUCCGAAGGCCGUCUGGCAUACGGUUUCCGCAAACUCCCCGUCGAUGUUGUUGAUGAGCGUGCAAAGGUUGAAGAAAUCAACGAACAAGGUCUGCAUGCCUGCAAUGGACAAAUUGUUGAAUUGAAAAAGAUCGGCUGCGGACGUGUAAGCAAUCCUGAUGAUGAAGCUUUGGCCGAAAUUGAAGCCUUGGAGGUUGAUGAUUUCGAACAGGAAGCCGCUAACACGGGCGCUCAUGGAAUCAAGAGCUUGAGGUACAAGGAUGUUGGAUUUGGAAUCGCUAACGUAAAGAAGACUCCAUUCAGACAGAUCAUGGGUGUUGUUGAGGUCAACCCUACUCCAGUUGAGGAACCCAUCACUAAGUGCAAUGACGGAUAUAGGCCAGGCAAUGUAAUCUUUAAGAACACCCCACAAGUCGAGACCUACUCCACAGGCCCUGGAGUUCCAGCAGAUUGUGGUGAGUCCGCCGAAGACUACCGCCCAUACUUCAAAUACUCUACUUCUUCCUCGUCCUCGUCGUCCAGCAGCAACAGCAACUGCAACAAAUGCGCUCACAGCAGAGUAUACUAUUAA